UCAUACAUAUAAAUAUAUUCCCUAAAUUACCCUUGACCGGCGAAGGGAUAUUCUGGAUUUUGUACCCUCGCCUUCUCUCCCACCGAUAAUAUUCUCUAAUGCCGCACCUUCUAAUCCACCGUUCAACAAUAACUCUCCCAUGUUUCAUCGCGCAUUCCACGCCGUCAUGUAGCCGUCUCGCCUCCGUCGGCCUGCGUCGUCCGGCGCAGAACCGGCUAAUUAGCACCGCCACAUGCGUCGGCGAUGGAAAUGCCGCAAACAGAACGAUUAUAUGCAUGGCGAACCCUAGGAGGGUGAAAAUGGUGGCGAAGCAGAUCAGGAGAGAGCUCUCCGAUAUGUUGCUAACCGAUAAGGUUUUGCAGUAUGCGGUGUUGCCUGAAGCUGCUUUAGGCGCCGAUCGCUAUCUGUCGUCGCUUACUACAAUAAGUGAUGUUGAAGUCUCUGCUGAUUUGCAGGUUGUUAAAGUGUAUGUCUCUGUUUUUGGAGAUGAAAGAGGAAAAGAAGUUGCUCUAGCAGGGCUCAAGUCAAAAGCAAAAUAUGUUCGUAGUGAACUGGGCAAGCGUAUGAAGUUGCGGCUCACUCCUGAGAUUCGAUUCCUCGAAGAUGAGUCUCUAGAACGAGGAAGCAGGGUAAUAGCUAUAUUAGAUAGAAUAAAGGAUGAGAAUGAGAGAAAAGUAACAAAAGAUCAAGUUUACGAUUCAGGGGAGUUUGCUGAUGGAAGCAAUGACAAUGUGGAGUGGGAGGGUGAUGACCUUGAUGAUGAAGGCAUCAUUUAUGUUAAGUAGUCUGGUCGAGCACAUUGCAGACACUCUGCAAUCUGGACAGGGGGUUACUUCAUUACUGGUUAGUUCAGUCACCAUUAGAUGUAAAGAAUUAUAACUAUGAAUUCACAUUUGCAGUACUGCCUGGCGAUUGAUGUUGAAACUGGCUUGUUAAAAAGUUUACUGUAGCUGCUUGGACCUCAUUUUGUACAAAAAUAUACUAAUUCUUUGCAAGUUAACACUAUCAUUGCAGUACUCUUAACAUAGACUACCUGAGCCAUUAGAUUUUGGACAGGGGGUUACUUCAUUACUGGACUCACGAGUUUUCUACAUGAUUAGUAGUACCCCACGAAGCAUUAGAGGAUUAUUUGGUGCGCUUGCAAACAUGUAGGUAUGUUUUUUAUUUAUUUUGGAGCCAAGCAUUAGAAUCCAUUUACUGCUGCAGGUUUGGUCUUCUGCAUUAGGAGAACAUGCACUCAGUGGUUUGUGUGAUCUCAACUGCUCAAGGUUUAAGUUUCUGCUGCGUUGAAGUUCUCCCAGUGCUUAUUGGAUUCGGGCAAAUUGUCAACCCAGAACUAAUGGACAAUAGUAUCUAUGAAAAUUCUUUGUAAAUAUAUGCUCUCUCCCUCUCUCUCUCAUGCGGGCAUGCACGUCUGUGUUUUGAGUGCCCAGUUUUUGCACCUCCUGUAUUGGCACUUGCGCACAUGUCAAGCAUCAGUUAAACAAAUGGGAUGAAUUUUCCGCAUAGGAGUUGUCCAACAGACUGGAUGCUGUAUGAAUUAAACAGAUUAGGCAAGCAUAAAAGAUGUAACAUGGGUUGGCAUUGCAGAAGCACAAGAUAAUCGAAUGUUUCACAAUAAUCUACCAUCAAACUAUUGCCAAAAAACACGACCAAAGGAAAUUCCUCAAAGCUGCUUGCUCAGAGCUUAUAAGCUCAAGAUGCCAAACAUACGGAAAUUAACUCCGUAGCAUUGCACAAAUCCGUCAAAGAAGUGAUCUCUUGCUGUAGGUGCAAAUAUAAUUGUUUUUCCUAUUGAGCUAAUAUCAUUUGGCCGUCUUCAAUGUAUUGUCAAAACUGAAACGAAAUGACGGAGAUUAAA